AUGAAUGCAACGUUUUGUGAUCUACUAAUAUUAAAGAUGGCGACAGAUGUUGGAUCAGCCCCUGGAAUGGCCCAGCUUCAGUCUGUACAGAAAGUUAUGGCAUUGCCAACAGUAGAGGCAGCCGUGGGACAAGUUGGUGCUUUCUACACAAGGGUAAAGGGAGCACAUUCUUUAUUAGAAUGGGCAUUGUCAACAGCAGAGGCCAGUGUGACCUUAGCUGCAGUCACUGCAGCUCCUUUUGUAGCGGCACCCCUUGCUGCAGGAGAUGCUAAAAUAGCUGCUGUGAUUGAUGAGUUGGAACGCAGAGUUCCUAUUGUUACAGAACAGCCAAAAGUUAUAGUGGAAACAACAAAACAAGCUGUAUUGGCCAAAAUUACACCACAAUUGAAUAAGGUCCCUUUUGAACAGGUGUACGGUGCGCGGGAUGUCGCAGAGCAGCGUGUAAAGUCGCUCAAAGAGCUGACAUGGGCCAAAGCCAACGUGUUGCUGACUACCGCAUACGGACAAAAGGCCAUGACGAGCGUAGACUCGGGGGCUUCAUAUGCUAUGCAAUUGCUCAAUCAUUACCUGCCCCCCACACAGGAAGAGACCAAUGCAGUGAGUGGUGAGAUCGUACCAGCGGAGAGCGACCCAGCGCUACACACUGUGCAGACGGUGGGCCGCCUCAGCGCCGUGGCGGCGCGUCGCGUGUGGGCCAACCUCGCCGAGAGGGUGAACCAUUUGAGGGAUAGCGGAAUCGAACUGGACGUCCGUCGGUAUAUCACCGCAUUAUUGGCAGCGCUGCAUCUCGCCCAAGUAACAAGCGAGCAGAAGCAGAUUGAAGAAGCCAAUGUUUCUAAACCUCAAGAAAAGGCCGAACCUGCAACCAACCAGCAGCCCGCCGGUAACCCCACCUCAACACCCACCACUGUUGAGAAAGUGAAGUCUACCCCUGAAGCUAAAUCAAAUAGCGACAGCCAA